AUGGAGAUCCGCCUUCGCUCGUCGCCUGGCGCAUGGACCUGCCGCGUCUUCCUCCGCUUCGAAACCGACAUCUCCGGCCGUCCCGUCGAAUCCGUCCGUGAGAUCCCGUUCGGCGACGCCGUGACCAACCCCGACGCCGUCGAGGCGAUUCUUCGUCGCGCCCAACUCGCCAUCCUCAAUCCGCAGAACUCGGACAAGAAGUUCUUUCUCAAUCUGUCCGACGACGAGGUCCUGCAGGCCAAGAGCGACCCUGCCGCCGCAGGUCUCGAGAAGCAGCUAUCGUUCUCCAAGAAUCUCAUUUGCAUCGAUGUGACGGGACCUGUCACGGACUUGGCUUUCCUCGACUUGCCUGGCAUCAUCGCCAACUCGGAGGAGCCGGACGACAUCACGCUCAUCGAGAACAUGGUUCGCCAGUCCAUCACCGGAAACUGCUUGAUCCUCCUCACCAUCACGAUGCGGGACGACUUUCAGAACCAGAAGGCGGUCUUGCUCGCGAAGGAGGCAGACCCGGACGGCAAGCGUACGAUCGGCGUCUUGACCAAGCCCGACACGCUGCAGAACGGCGAACACCCCUCCUGGCUCGACCUUCUCGAGAACCGUCGUCACCACCUAUCGAACGGCUACUUCGUCACCAAACAACCGGCACCAGAAGACCUGAAGAAGAAUUUCACCUACAAGAAGGCUCGCGAAGCGGAGACGCAGUUCUUCGCGACCAACGAGCCGUGGAAGUCGCUCGAGGCUGGCACGAGGAGACACCUGGGUACAGCACAUUUGACGAGUUUCCUCAGCGACCGACUCGGUCGCUACAUUGCGGACAAGCUGCCGAUGAUCCAGGCAGACCUCGCCACGUCGAUUUCGCACGUUACGGCCGCUAUCGACGCUCUCCCUCCGCCUCCUUCGUCCGACCCGACGACCGAGAUCUGCACGCGCAUCGCCGCUCUCCAGCAUGACCUCAACCAGCUCGUGCAAGGCUCGUCGGCUCUCGCGCAUCUCAUCCAAGCCAAGAACCGCGAGGAUCGCCGCUUCAUGGAGGCUAUCCGAGCUACAAAGCCUGUUUUUGUUCCCUUCGAGGCCAAGGAGGAAGACGAGAUCAAGACCUGGGACUCGCAGGUGGCGUCGCCGCCUCCGCAGAUUGCCGAUGCCUUGCCGUUGCCUGCCAAGCCGCUUCGCAUGACCCUCGACGAGCUCCGUGCCCAUAUUGAGGAGCAUAAGGGCCGCGAGGUCCCGCUCAACACGCCCUACGACGCCAAAGCCUCCCUCAUGACGAAGGCUCUCCGCUCCUGGGGCGGUAUCAUCUCCGACACCGUUGAGCGCAUGCGCACGCCGGUCUCAAAGUCGGUCAACCAGCUCGUUGGCCAGCACUUCGGCGCUUCCCUCAAAGAAGAAUUGCGCAGCAUCGCUUCCGUGACCGCCGCCGAAGUUCUCGAGGGUUUGUUCGUAACGGCAGCAGCUCGUCUCGACGAGAAUCUCAAGCUCGACCACAUACCUUACACGCAAAACCAGCACUACUUUGUCUCGACUCGGGACGCCGUCCUCGCUGAGCUGCGGAGUGCGCGAGCGAAGAAGAACGGCGGGGCCAAGAUCGUACGAUCCUCAACUGAGCCCGACACCGUCUCGACCGCUUUGGCCGGUCUGAGCGCCAUGGGCUUCUACGGCCUGAAGGAGGACGACCUGAAGAAGCUGCUUGCUGCCGAUCCCUACGAGACAGAGCUUGAAGCCGCAGCACAGACCGCGGCGUACUGGCAGCGCACCAUCGACAACGUCCCUUUGAUCAUCGACGCCUCCGUCAUCCGCCCGCUCCCUCACGCCAUCUCCAAAGCGCUUCACCAGCGCCUGUUGAGCGGCGGCAGUCAGGAGCUCGAGCGUCUCGUUGCGGAGUCGCCGGAGUUGGCCGAACAGCGUGCCGAGCUGAACAUGCGGAAGAAGCGUCUCGACGACGCCAAGAAGGUCCUGUUCGCCUACGGUAGGUAG